CGUUUCAGGCUCUUGCUGUCUUUAAAAAAAAAGAAAGAAAGAAAUGAGAGCGAGAGGGGGGAAACUCCAGUAAGUCCACAAGCUGGCAUUGGAGGGGGAGAGCGCGGUCAUGUGGCUCAGGCCACCCUACCCUCUGUCACAGUGCGGACGAGAGCUUUAUGCUCUUAUCCAAUCAUGCCUGGAAUGCCGCUUGCCACUUGGGUUAUUUCUGCUAUCUGUCGCUCUUGGUGCCGCAGUGCUAACGGUUUGGCAGAUGGGACAAUUUUUCCUGGAGUUUGUGCCUUUGGUUUUUGACUUCUGGCAGUGCCGGGCCUGUCGCCGCUCGCUCUCACCCUUCUGGCCCCCCUGGUCACCAUGGCCCAUCGGCUUCGGUUUCAUUUUGGCUCCGGUCGCAGCAACACAGCCCCCGAAUCAGAGAUCCUGGACCAGGAGAGAGAAGAGGACUUUUUCAUGGCAUUCCACACCCUGCCGCGGAGGAGCAGCCCGCACCCUUUCACUCAGAACGGGGAGGACAGCGGCGGCCUGCAGGGCGGCGUGGGCGCCCUCAAGCGCAGCUCGUCCAUGUUCAUCCCGCAGCUCCUGAGCAGCCUCGACGCCCGCCCCACCCGCAGCUCCUCGGUGCAGAUCUCCCUGCAGCGCAAGGCCUCGGACGGGGCCACGGACGGGUGCGGGCCGCCCGAGAGCCCGGACGGCGCGCCUCCGUGUGCCGCAGCCGACCCCGGGGACCAGGCCACCGCCACAGGCAGAGCCGCACUGCAGAGCGGCCCGCGGGAGCCUUCGCCCAGGGACACCCCCGGGAGCCCCCCUGCCGGGGCAGCCCGCAACCCCGGGCUCCAGGCCAACGGCACGUGCGGCCGCCGCGUGCGGGGCCCGGGCCCGUGGGACGGCUCCGAGGAGGCCAGGCCGGGGCUGCGCGUCCAGCACCGCGCCUCCAGCGCUGAUGUGCGCCAGGUGAGGCUGCUGCCCUUCGGCCCCGACGGGCAGGCCGGCCCCGCCGCGCCUGAGCCCCGGCGCUGGUCGCUGCAGCACGUUCCAGAUGCUUCUGGAAGCUCCGGGAAGCGCUGCUUUGUCUUCCAGCUGCAGCAGCCCCAACAGGGCGCUCCGGGGCUGGGCAGCGACCUCAACUUUGGCUUCACUGGCACGAAGGGUGACAGGUUGGUGAGGUAUCCCCGCAUUCGGCUUGAGAGGAGCACCUCCUACCCGACCCAGCCCCGAACUGAGCGAGCGAGCCCCACGGAAGACCUAGGACCCCCCGAGACGCUGCCUCGGGCCGGCAGGGUGGUCCCCGAAAUCCGCAGGACGAAUUCCGUGGAGAGAACUCCGCAGGGUCCAGGCUGCACGUUUAAGAUCAGGCAAGAUCAAAACGUGGGCCAGCAGCAUUUCAGAAUUCUGGUAACUCGGGGCCCGGAGGAAGCUCCCCAGAAACCCAAGGACGAGGAUGCCGACAGCCCCGCUUCUGCGGGAGCCAACACCCCGACCCGAGACGACUUCCUGGGCCAGGUGGACGUGCCCCUUAGUCAUUUUCCGACAGAAGACCCAACCAUGGAGCGACCCUACACAUUUAAGGACUUUCUUCUCAGACCAAGAAGUCAUAAAUCUCGAGUGAAGGGAUUUUUGCGGCUUAAAAUGGCCUAUAUGCCGAAAAACGGAGGCCAAGACGAAGAUAGCAGUGAGCAGAGAGAUGACGUGGAGCACGGGUGGGAAGUUGUCGACUCGAAUGACUCAGCUUCUCAGCACCAAGAGGAGCUUCCUCCUCCUCCUCUGCCCCCUGGCUGGGAAGAAAAAGUGGACAAUUUAGGCCGAACUUACUACGUCAACCACAACAACCGGACCACUCAGUGGCACCGACCCAGCUUGAUGGACGUGGCCUCAGAGUCGGACAAUAACAUCAGACAGAUCAACCAGGAGGCAGCCCACAGGCGCUUCCGCUCCCGCAGACACAUCAGUGAGGACUUGGAACCCGAGCCCUCAGAAGGCGGUGACGUCCCCGAGCCUUGGGAGACCAUUUCGGAGGAGGUGAACAUCACUGGAGACUCUCUCAGUCUGGCCCUGCCCCCACCACCAUCCUCCCCGGUGUCCCGGACCAGCCCUCAGGAGCUGUCAGAGGAACUGAGCAGGAGGCUUCAGAUCACCCCGGACUCCAAUGGGGAACAGUUCAGUUCUUUGAUUAGAGAGCCCUCCUCACGGCUGAGGUCCUGCAGCGUCACGGACGCCGUUUCGGAACAGGCCCAUCUACCACCGCCCAGUGCCCCAACUAGGAGAGCACGGUCAUCAACUGUCACAGGUGGUGAGGAGACAACGCCAUCAGUGGCCUAUGUACAUACCACGCCGGGCCUACCUUCAGGCUGGGAAGAAAGGAAAGAUGCUAAGGGGCGCACAUACUAUGUCAAUCAUAACAAUCGAACCACAACUUGGACUCGACCUAUCAUGCAGCUUGCAGAAGACGGUGCGUCUGGAUCAGCCACAAACAGUAACAACCAUCUAAUCGAGCCUCAGAUCCGCCGACCUCGUAGCCUCAGUUCGCCAACAGUAACUUUAUCUGCCCCACUGGAGGGUGCCAAGGAUUCACCCGUACGUCGGGCUGUGAAAGAUACCCUUUCCAAUCCACAGUCCCCACAGCCAUCACCUUACAACUCCCCCAAACCACAACACAAAGUCACACAGAGCUUCUUGCCACCCGGCUGGGAAAUGAGGAUAGCUCCAAACGGCCGGCCCUUCUUCAUUGACCAUAACACAAAGACUACAACCUGGGAAGAUCCACGCCUGAAAUUUCCUGUACACAUGCGGUCAAAGGCAUCUUUAAACCCCAAUGACCUUGGCCCUCUUCCUCCUGGUUGGGAAGAAAGAAUUCACUUGGAUGGCCGGACGUUUUAUAUCGAUCAUAGCAGCCAGGUGUUAUGUGGCGAGAAUGAUACCAGGGAGUCAGUGCCCUCCUACGAUAGCAAAAUCACUCAGUGGGAAGACCCAAGACUCCAGAACCCAGCUAUUACUGGUCCGGCUGUUCCUUACUCCAGAGAAUUUAAGCAGAAAUAUGACUACUUUAGGAAGAAAUUAAAGAAACCCGCUGAUAUUCCAAAUAGGUUUGAAAUGAAACUUCACAGAAAUAACAUAUUUGAAGAGUCCUAUCGGAGAAUCAUGUCUGUGAAAAGACCAGAUGUCCUAAAAGCUAGACUGUGGAUUGAAUUUGAAUCAGAGAAAGGUCUUGACUAUGGUGGUGUAGCCAGAGAAUGGUUCUUCUUGCUGUCCAAAGAGAUGUUCAACCCCUACUAUGGCCUCUUUGAGUACUCUGCAACGGACAACUACACCCUUCAGAUCAAUCCAAAUUCAGGCCUCUGUAAUGAAGAUCAUUUGUCCUAUUUCACUUUUAUUGGAAGAGUUGCUGGCCUGGCAGUAUUUCAUGGGAAACUCUUGGAUGGUUUCUUCAUUAGACCGUUUUACAAGAUGAUGUUGGGAAAGCAGAUCACGCUGAAUGACAUGGAAUCUGUGGAUAGUGAAUAUUACAACUCUUUGAAAUGGAUCCUAGAAAAUGACCCUACUGAGCUGGACCUCAUGUUCUGCAUAGAUGAAGAAAAUUUUGGACAGACAUAUCAAGUGGAUUUGAAGCCCAAUGGGUCAGAAAUAAUGGUAACAAAUGAAAACAAAAGGGAAUAUAUUGACUUGGUCAUCCAGUGGAGGUUUGUGAACAGGGUCCAGAAGCAGAUGAACGCCUUCCUGGAGGGAUUCACAGAACUGCUUCCUAUUGACUUGAUUAAAAUUUUUGAUGAAAACGAACUAGAGUUGCUGAUGUGCGGCCUCGGCGAUGUGGACGUGAACGACUGGAGACAGCAUUCUAUUUACAAGAAUGGCUACUGCCCAAAUCACCCUGUCAUUCAGUGGUUCUGGAAGGCUGUGCUACUGAUGGAUGCGGAAAAGCGUAUCCGGUUACUGCAGUUUGUCACAGGGACGUCCCGGGUACCUAUGAAUGGAUUUGCUGAACUUUAUGGUUCCAAUGGUCCUCAGCUGUUUACAAUAGAGCAAUGGGGCAGUCCUGAGAAACUGCCCAGAGCUCACACAUGCUUUAAUCGCCUUGACUUACCUCCAUACGAAACCUUUGAAGAUUUACGAGAGAAACUUCUCAUGGCUGUGGAAAAUGCCCAAGGAUUUGAAGGAGUGGAUUAAGCAGCGCUCCCCGCCUCGGGGCUGGUUGUUCUUCGAGCAAGUUCUGCUUGCUCUUUUGCAUUUGCCUAACAGACUUUUGCAGAGAUGAUGGCAGAAGAGCAGCUGCAGGUGUGGCCCCUGGAGCUGAGCCUUCAACUGUGCACUCGCCCAAGUUCAGACUUGGGAACCUGGUCCCAGUUGGAGUCCCUGCAUUUCCCACCACAAAUUACCGACUGGUUGACGUGUACACUAAUUACAUUUCAGGAGGACUUACGCUAUUUAUGUUGUGCCUCUGCAGGCAAAGCCCUUAAUAAAUAUUUUACAUACUUUCUAAUGACAA